AUGGGUGGAUUAGGAAGUGAUGCAUUACACAGUAUAUUGAAUCAUAUGCCAGGAACAGGAAAUAGUGGAAUAGGAAGUAAUGGAAUAGGUGGAAUAGGAAAUAGUGGAAAUAUGGGUGGAAUGAGCGGAAUGAGUGCUGAUGGUGGCCUAGGAUCAAAUCAGUGGAUGGGAUCAAAAUCAACUGACAUUUACAGUCUCCCAGACCCACAGAAGCUGGUAGCAGCAGUGGAGCAGGCAACUGCCAACUUCCUGAACAUCAAGAACAAUCUCAGGCGUGUUCUGGAACGAACCAAAAUGUAUCUGUCUCGAUCAGCGGUGCUUCUGACAGAGCUGACUUCUGACAUCAAGGUGAAAUACGCCGAGCUGAAGGAAACCACAAAGAAGCACAACAGGGAAUCAGCCCCACACAUCAAGGCAGUUCUGGCCAAGAAGAUGAUCGACCUACGAUCAGAGCUCAGGGAGCUGAUUGGGAUGUUUGAGAAGAUCAGGAAGUGGCAGAUGACUGUGACGUGUUCAAUAGCAACCACCCUGUGA